GGUGCGAUUAUGGGAUUUCUUGCAAGGAUUCCUCGCUCGAGCAUCGAUCCGUCGGAAACUGGAAGACCGGCUUUCCAAGAUAGAAAGGAACCAGGCAGAGGACUCAAUGGGAGAAGAGAGACCGUUGAUGACAAAGAGCGGCGUUUAUGCCUCCCCACCCACCCGUGUAAAUUCCUGUGAAGAAGCAGAGCAAUUGUAGAGUCCCGUACGGCAAGAAGACUCAAGAAUCUGCGAUCCGAGGAUGUAACGGGAUACGUGGAGAUCUUGGAGCUACAAAGGUUGGAAGACGGGCAAGAGAAUGAUCAAGGGGCAAGUCUUCCUCCCCCGAGGAGAAAUAGGACCCGACCCCCGAGCAUCGUGAGAGAAGGACGAGUCUCGUGGAAGGGUUGAAAAAGGUAAUCCUGGAAGGUAACCACCCCUAAAAGAUCACAAUCGACUGGACGGGACAAGUGACCUGGGCCGUAGGGAAAGAAGAGGGUCAGCAACUUUGCUCCUAUGGCCCGUGCUCCGCCUUCCCCUUUGACCCCCAGCAACAUUCCCCGCAACUUAAGCUACAUCGCAGGCUUGUACGAGAGGGCCUAUUAUCGCACAGCCCGUCCGAGCAUUGCAGAGGAUUCGGGAACCGAAGGCUCCGAAUCCGAGUCCGAAGGCAGGCCACGAAGCAGGCCCCAGAGACGUCGCCAUCUCUUCAGAGGACCCAAACGGAGGGGAAGACGCCGGACUCGCUCUGCCCCUGCUCAGGGGAGGAGCCGAGGUGUAUCCCGCAGCCGUAGCCCCGGGACUCGCAAGAGAGUUCGCUUCGCCGACUCACUGGGCCUGGAGCUGAUCAGCGUGCGGCAGUUCUGGCCCAACGAUCUCCCGCAGGUGCCAGAGCGGGUCCACAACCAGCUGAGGCGGGACUCGCUCAGCCACUUUGCUCCGUGUCUGCCGUUCUGCCCGCCGGUGAAGGAAUCUUUGAACCUGCAGACUCGGCUGCUGGAGCCAAUGUUCCCAGAUCCUCUGAGCAUGCCUGAUUUCCUGCCACGACUUCUGGCCCAGUGCGUGCUGCUGGAGGGAGUCCGGGCUGAGGGAUCCUGUGUUUCUGGCACCAUCCGUGUGAUCAACUUGGCCUACGAGAAAAGGGUCUCUGUGCGAUACACUUGGGACUUUUGGGCUACCGAACACGACGCUCGGGCUUCUUACGCCGCCUCUGCAGGGCGGGACCGGGACCACGCUGACCGCUUUGCCUUCCGCCUGCCGCUGCCCGUUCCGCUCUCUGCAGGGAUGGUGCUCGAGUUUGCCCUCUGCUAUCUGGUGGGAGGGAAGGAAUUCUGGGACAACAACCAGGGACGCAACUACUCUCUGCGGCCGCCUCCUUGCGUGGCUGAAGAAGACGAACUCCCCAGCCCCAUUCAAGAUUGCUGUGAAACUGGCUGGAUACACUUUCUGUAGAGAAGACGAGGAGACAUGUUGAAACUGAAGUUGGAUGGGGAAAAUGAACAAUCCAGGUUGAAAUCCGAAGAUACGCAGGCAUGCGGGCACACAGCUACAAACACCCCAGAAUUGAUUCCGGCAAUUGGAUUUGCUUCCUUUUUCCCAGCAUGCUUUUCACCAAGCCCACAUUCAUGGCUUAUAGCUUUUGCGAUCUCCGACAGUGCAUGCCCACAACCCCUGAAAAAUGGCCACCGUCUUGCAAGGAGGGCCACUCUUUGUUUAGACUUGCUGACAAUCCAGAUCCAGUCCACCAUGUCGAUGUUGAGCGGGGAAGUCACCCUAUGGGGGGGGGUCUCCUUCAAGUUAGAAAAGAUCAAGGGCAGAAAUGUCCAUGAGGGAAGGAUUAAAAAAAAAAAAAAGUCAAAAUGCUAGCCACAACGAUGUCAUCAAAGAUCUGAGUUCUACUCUCCCAUCCUAUAACCUAACAUUGAUAGCCUGGAGAUUUUGGAGAGAAAGGGAUCAAAGUAAAAGAGAAUAACAGAAGAGCAACAAAGAUGAUUAAGGGCUGGAGGCUAAAGCGUAUGAAGAACGGUUGCAGGAAUUGGGUAGGGUGCAUCUAGUUUAAUGAAAAGAAGGACUAGGGGUG